AAAAAUGAAAAACCUUUGUCCUUCCCUUUGAAAGCUUCAAUUUCACUCUCUCUAUUCUCUUGACAUCACUACACUCCACAUCUUCUCACUGUACUACACUUUCAUACUUCCAUAACUAGUUUCUGCUGCAACAUUAACACCUCACUCUCUCUCUCUGAAAAUCUCUGCAAAUUUCAAGUGGGGCUAAACCAAAAAAAAAAAAAAAAAAUCCUAUUCUCAUCAUCACUGUACCCUGCAACUCCACCACCUCUCAUCACAAACCAACAAAAAAAGUUCAAAUUUUGAAGCCUACCCACAAAUUAUUAUAUCAUAAGGUUCAAAAGGGCCAUUUUGAAAUUUUCUCUAAGUCUUUAUAAUCAACAAAUGAGUUUGUUUUGUGUUGGUUGGUGAAUGGGUUGCAUGGUGUCUUCUUUAGCUUCAAAAUUUGCAUUUUUUCCACCUUCACCACCAACGUAUCAGCUGAAGAAGAAUGAUGACGGCAAACUCACGGUGGUUUCCACCGCGUCUCCGAUUCCUCAUCCUGAUGAUAACUCAUUGGAUGUUCUUCUUGUUGAUACAAAACAUGGAAAUAAGAUAGUUGCUUUUUAUCUUAAGAACCCUUAUGCAAGAUUAACUUUGCUUUAUUCUCAUGGCAAUGCUGCUGAUUUAGGUCAACUUUAUGAUCUCUUUGUUCAACUUAAGGUUAAUCUCAGAGUUAAUCUCAUGGGGUAUGACUAUUCUGGAUAUGGUGCCUCUACUGGCAAGCCUAGUGAAUCCAGCACAUAUGCUGACAUAGAGGCGAUAUAUGAAUGCCUUGAAACCAAAUAUGGAGUUGGCCAGGAAGACGUAAUCUUAUACGGGCAAUCAGUUGGAAGUGGACCAACAUUGCAUUUGGCAGCUAAGUUGCCGAGGCUGAGAGGCGUGGUUCUACACAGCGGCAUUCUUUCUGGUCUUCGAGUUCUCUGUCAUGUGAAGUUCUCUUUUUGCUUUGACAUUUAUAAGAACAUCAACAAAAUAAAGAAGGUCAAGUGUCCUGUCCUUGUAAUACAUGGUACAGAAGAUGAUGUGGUCAAUUGGUUACAUGGCAACCGACUAUGGAAAAUGGCAAGGGAGUCAUAUGAACCCUUAUGGAUCAAAGGAGGCGGUCACUGCAACUUAGAGCUUUACCCUGAUUACAUACGCCAUCUAUGCAAAUUCAUCCAAGAAAUGGAGAAGAUGACAACUGAAAAGCGCCUCAAAAAGAUCCGACAAAGUCUGGAAUCAAAAUCAAAGUCGAAAUGUUGCUCCACAUGUACAUGCCCUAGUAUGAAGUGUUGUUGCAGCUGCAAAUGCAAGUUACCUAAAUGCUCUAGCUGCUGCAGCUGCAUAAAUUUUUCCCUGUCUAUCAAUUGUCCUGAUUGUUGCUGGAAACCUAGCUGCAUCAAGUGUUGCCGCUUACCGAAGUUCACAGAUUGUUUCGGAUCAACAUGCUGCACAAAAUGCUCAAUGCCUGGUUGUUGUUGUCCAAAAUGUUCAUUGCCUUGUUGCUACCCUAAAUGUUCAAGACCAAGUUGUUGCAUGAGUUGUUUCUGUUGGCAAUGUUUUAUGGGAAAACACAGUGGAAGAAAUGGAAAACAAAGAGGCUAAUGGUUAUAACAUGGAAUGUAUAGAUGCAUGGAAAGUCUUUGCUAAAACACCAUUUAAUAUUGUGAAAUGGUGUUACAGAGAGGAGGAAGUAGUGGAUGGCAAUUGUAGGGGGGGUGAUAUAGGUGAUGGAAUCAUAUAUCUUCUAUAUAUUUUUGGGUUAUUUAGAGUUUCUGAAGUUCUAUUGGAUUUUUUUACUCAUAAUCAUAAACAUUGGUGUGUAAAUUAACUUUCAAAGUAGUUGAAUUGUUUGUAUCUUCCAUUCUGUAGCCUUUUGAAGAUUUUGCCAUU